AUGGAAGGAGAAGCUGUCGCCGCCGUCGUUAAAGUUUUAGUUCAAAACCUCAUCGACCAUACCAAGAAUGAGAUCUCACUAAUCCGAGGUCUCAACAAAGAAGCAGAAAAGCUAGCUUGGAGUUUAGAUACGAUCCAGCAAUUGUUGAAUGAUGCUCCCGGUGGGGCUAUCAAAAGCUGGCUGAGGAAACUUGAAGAUGUAGCGUUUGAUGCUGACAACGUUUUGGAUGAACUCAAUUACCAUCUUCUCUCCAAACAAAUCAACUCUAUUAAACCCAUGAAACAAAAGGUACUCUCAUGCUUCUCACCCUUGAGUCAUAUUGUGCAUCCCAGAAGUAUAGCUCUCAAAAUCCAAGAUAUCAAUGAGAAUUUGGAGUCCAUUUACAAAGAGGGAGCCGGGCUUGUCCUCGAGAAGAGGCUUGCCAAUGAAGGGCCCAAUUUGCCUCAUGCUGCUUUUGGAACUGAUUCCUUCUCACAUGAUCCAAUUUUCAUUGGGAGAGAUGAGUUGGUGUCGGAAAUAGUUGAGGUUAUUAACACUGGUUCCGCAACUAAUGUACGUGUAGUUUCUAUCUUUGCCAUUGUGGGAAUGGGAGGAUUGCGGAAGACAACCUUGACUAGGAAUGUCUUCCACCAUCCAAAGAUAAAAACUCACUUUGGUUCACAUCUUUGGGUGCACGUUUCUCAAAUUUUUGAUCCUAUCAUUCUUUUCAAGAAAAUCCUCAUAUGCUUAACUUCUACCGAUCAAGUUAAAGUUGAGAGUAGGGAAGAUAUUAUGAAAAAGCUUCAAGAAGCUUUGAGAGACAAAACUUAUCUUCUCAUUCUUGAUGAUGUUUGGAAUCAAGAUCGUCCCAAAUGGGAUGAUUUUAUCAAUUCUUUGGUUGGCGUCACUUCGACCAAGAGGAAUGCAAUUGUUAUUACCACCAGAAAUAUGGAAGUCGCUUCAACUGUACAGUCACUUCAUACACAUGAGCGUAAAGGAUUAUCACAUGAAGAUUGUUGGUCAAUAAUCAAAGCAAAAACUUUUGAAAAAGAGGAUAUUCCAUCAAAGUUUGAGGCCAUAGGGAUGAAGAUUGCAACAAGAUGUCAAGGUUUGCCAUUAGCUGCUAAUGUAGUUGGUGGAGCACUAUGCAAUAAAUCGGAAGAAGUAUGGAUCUCGAUUGAAGAGAAAUGGCUUUCACAUGAUGAAGGGGAUCAUAUCACAAAGAUAUUGAAGUUGAGCUUUGAUAAUUUGUCUCUACCGUCACUCAAGAAGUGUUUUAAGGAUUCCUUGAAGCUAAUGGAAGCAGUGAGAUGGAGUACUUGGGCGAUAAAUUUAUGAAAGUUUUUUACAAAACUCUCUACUACAAGUUGCAGAAAGAGAUGACUAUGGAAAUGUAUAGAGUUAUGUGAUGCACGAUCUUGUGCAUGAUCUCGCAUGUUCAAUUUCGGGUUCCUCCAAUAAUACAAAAGUUGGGAGCUGAGUGAGAUACAUGAUUCAUGAUGUAAAAAGUCGUAUUCCAAAAGAAGUGGCAAAAUAUUUGCGUACAUCAUUGUUCGAGGGAAGCAUUUAUGGUAGCAAGUUUGCAGAUUUCGAGCAUCUACAUGUUUUAGUUCUUGAUGAUGAUGAAUGUAGAAUGUUUCCAAGUUCCAUAAGGAAGUUGAUACAUUUAAGGAAACUUGAUAUUUCGUCGACGCGUAUAAAAUAUUUGCCGAACUGGAUUGGUGAUCUCCAUCACUUGCAAACAUUAAACACAGGUACAAGAAAAUUGAAGGAACUGCCUAGUUCUCUGAAGUACUUGGUUAAUUUAAGGCAUCUGUAUAUUAAGAAGUCGUCCUUGCCAGCCGGAAUUGGGAGUUUAACUUCUCUCCGGACGCUAGAGUAUUUUAUAGUGGGUGCCAUGAAUGGAUGCAAAAUCGAAGAGCUCGGGAGUUUGAAUAGUCUCAAAGGAACACUGGAAAUUUCUAACCUUGGAAGGGUUGAAAACAAGGAAGAGGCUGAGCAAGCACGUCUAUCUGACAAGUCAAAAAUAUUUAAGUUGCGUUUGACAUGGAACAUGCAUAGAGAAGUUGAAACUACAAAUGAUGAGAAUGUGUUGGAAGGACUCCAACCUGACUCUAAUAUGAAGAGGUUAGAGAUUGAAGGAUUCAAGGGAAAAAGAUUUCCAUCAUGGACUGGAAAUAUGGUAAUUGAAAAUGUGUCUCAAGGUUGUUUGAUACCACUUAACAAGUUGAUUGAUAUAAAACUCUCCAAUUGCUCAGAAUGUGAAGAAAUCCCAUUGUUUGGGCAGUUGCGAAAUCUCAAGUCUCUUUGGUUAGAAGGAUUGAAAAAUUUGAAGGAAAUAAAUUCUUCUUUCUAUGGAUUACA